CCCAAUUUUUUGUCCAAUUUUGGUUCUAUUUUGGUCUUCUUUUCUCCUCUUCCUAAUUCAACAAGGAACUAAACCCUGAGUGUAUAUUUUCUUCUCAUAUACUUACUGCUACACCCACAUGCAUAUAUUGAUAUUUAAUACUUACAUAUACAAAAAUAACUCAAAACACAUACGUAUCAGUCUUUAUCACUCAUCUGUCCAGGGAUUUGGAGGUUUGAUCAUGCUUGCAGUUGUUCUCGGACUAGUACAUCAGUCGAAACCACAAGUAAAAUUCAAUGGGGGGAAAGAAGCCUACAGUCCGCGAGGAAGAGAGCAUUGUAUCUUCCAAGCAGGGUGGUGGUGGUGGAGGGAAGUUAAAGAAGAAGCAUAUGGUGAUUGAUGAUAAUGAAUACUCUAUGACGACUGAAAUUUCUGACGAGCCUACGAUUCAGGAAGAGCAAGUAGCACCAACAUUGGCAUUUGGCAAGAGGAAAAGUAAAAAGGGGAAGAAAAGGGGAGCUAGCUUGUCUAGUUACAGAGUGGGUGGUGAUAGUGACCAAGAGGCUGAAAGUGUUGCCUCGUCGAAGCCGGGGAAGAGCAGUGCAAGAUUGUUUACUACAUCUGUGUUUCACACUAUAGAUGAUGAGGAUAACGAAGAUGGCCAGCUAUCUGAGGAUAAUGAAGAUCCAGCAGUUGCCUUUACCGGGAAGGGUAAUGGCAUUUCUUUUAGAGCUAAUCUUCUUGACGAAGAAAGUGAUGCAGAUACAUCUGUUAAGUUGGAGGCAAAGGCAAUUGAAUGAGAUGAUGCAGCAGAAGUUAUAUU